AUGUUGAGUAAGAGAUUGGCUCAUUACAUCAGAAAGGAGAUGAGGUUAGAAUUCGGCAGGGUGAUCUACUUGGUUGAUAGUGUAAUAGUGCGAGCGAUGAUUGAAAAGCAAAGCUAUGGUUUUAAAACCUUUGCGGCAACGAGGAUUGGCGAGAUCCAGCAAGACACUCAACCUCAUGAAUGUUGGUGGUGCAAAGGAGAGAUCAACAUUGCUGAUGCAAUCACCAGGGGUGUGGAUUUGUUUGGACACUUCACGACAAGGGGAGAAGUCAAUAAACGGGCAAGAGGAAAGUCAUAUGGCGUAGUGUUUGACUGUCUUGUGACGAGGGCUGUUUACAUAGAUAUAGCUACCAGCUACAGUGCAGAUGCAUUUCUGCUUGUCUUCAGAAAGUUUGUGUCUUUAAGGGGAUAUCCCAAAGAGGUAUAUAGUGACGGAGGGACACAGUUAAGUGCUGCAGCAAAGCAGUUAAAGGAAUUCGGUGGGAGACAUGGCGUUAAUUUGAAGUUUUCGACACCUGAUGCUCCAUGGCAGAAUGGAGUGACAGAAAGUUUGGUGAAGGGCAUUAAGAAAGUCAUCAAUCAUGCCAUUGGGGAACAAAUACUUAUCUUUAGUGAACUGCAAGCAGUUAUGUUUGAGGCGGCAAACCUGGCCAACGAGAGGCCGAUUGGCAAACAUUCGAUAGACCCACAGGAUGGGGCAUAUUUGUGUCCGAAUGAUCUGUUAUUAGGGAGGUCAUCAGGAAAAGUGCCGGAUGGUCCAUGGAGUGACAACAAAGGAGACAUUGUAAUGGUACAAGACAGCAACAUGGUCAGGGGGAAGUGGCGUAUUGGUAGGGUGACUGAGGCAUCUCUGAGUGCGGACAAUGUGGAGCGGAAUGUUGAAGCGAUGGUCGGCACAGAAAGUGGUCUGAAAACAAAUAUCAAACGGGCAGUACAACGACUGGUAGUGCUUCUCCCAGUAGAGGAACAAUAUUGGACUUUGGGGUAG